CCUCACCCAACGGAUGACCUGAGUGGCUGUGCUUCCUAUGCUACUAUGGUCUCUUAAAGGAAACAAACGAGAACGCGCGUGGCGUUUGAAUGAAGGCGCCCGCUGCUUCGUUCUCUUUCUCCCCGCCCCCCCAUUUAGUUUUGGUACCUCUUGGGUUUCCGUAGCCCCGCCCCCAAUCUCCGCUCGCGGGAGCCAGUUUUCCCAGUGUCCUUUGCGCGCGCGUCCCCCUUUUGCCUCUAUAUUUUCCAAUCCUCCUCAGGCCCUUCCGUUUGAUGAAGUUUGACCCACGCGCUUUUUCUUUUCUUUUUUAGCCUCCCGCUCAGUGGAGGAGGGGGAGGAGGACCUCGCUCCUUCCCCCUGCUCUCCUCCCCCCCGUGUGAGUUUUUGUUCUUUUCUUCCGCGAGCCUCCCCUUCCAGCCAUCCUCGUCGGGCCGCGCGCUGGUCCUCACAGGUCGGUGAGCCUGACUUUCGACGAGCCCCUUUCUUUCCCCUUGCCCUGCAGGGUAGGCCCCCUUCCUCCCGUUCGCUUUUCCGCUAACGGUUUCGCGUAGAGCCGGAAGAGGAGGCUCGCCGGGCCCGGCCAGGGGGAGGUGAUGUCAGGUGGGGACUCGGCGGCCGCCGCGGCCUCCACUCAACCGCUCUCUUUCUCCCUGCCCAAGCCGCCUCCCCUCAUGCAGCUCAACCCCGGCGAGGGAGUGCGCCCCGUGGGGGGCCCUGGCCCGGAACAGUCGCCUAAGAGCGCCCGCAUGGGAGGCCGCCCGGAUUGGCCGCCCGGGAAGCCCGUCAGUCUCUUGGCUCCUCUCCUCCCGCCUCGAGGGGAGCCCGAGCCCCUCUUGCCCUUCGGCCCUAACUCUCGCCAGCCGCUCAGGGGCAGGCUGAUGGGCAGGUGUGGAGGAGGAGGAGGCGGGAGCCUCCUCAAUCCUUCGAUGCGACCAGGCGGCGGAGGCGGUAUGGGCCGAGAGGCCCUUAUGAUGGGACAUCCGGGUAUGCCUCACUACCCUCCCAUGGGAAUGCAUCCUAUGGGCCAAAGGCCGCCCAAUAUGCCUCCAGCCUCUCAUGGAAUGAUGCCUCAAAUGAUGCCUCCAAUGGGAGGGCCACAAAUGGGGCAGAUGCCUGGAAUGAUGCAAUCGGUGAUGCCUGGAAUGAUGGCACCCCAUAUGUCUCAUGCACCCAUGCAGCCUACAGGACCGCCAGGAGUGAACAGUAUGGAUUCUCAAAUUGGUUUAGCCCCUCCAGGAACUCAGCCUACACCUCCAGUCAUUUGUUCAGUGCAGCAAGCCACCCCAACUAACAGCUCUGCUAAUGAGGAACCUUCCAAACAGAAAUCUAUGUGGUCAGAGCAUAAAUCACCAGAUGGAAGAACAUACUACUAUAAUACUGAAACAAAGCAGUCUACCUGGGAGAAACCAGAUGAUCUCAAAACACCUGCAGAGCAAUUGUUGUCAAAGUGUCCAUGGAAGGAAUAUAAAUCUGAUUCUGGAAAGCCUUACUACUACAAUUCCCAAACAAAAGAGUCACGCUGGGCUAAACCCAAAGAACUUGAAGACCUUGAAGCAAUGAUUAAAGCUGAAGAAAACAGUGGUAAAACAGAAGAAUCGGUUCCAACAUCUGCUGCAGUUGUUCCACCAGGUGUCACAAAUGCUGCAGCCACUGUUCCUGAACUUCCUGUAGUUGCCCCAGCAGCCCCUGCUGUUCCUGCUGUUGCAUCAGUUCCUGAAGCUGAGCCUUCUGCUGUUGCUACUGUUGUAGAUAAUGAAAGAGUCACUGCUACAACUGAUGAGCAGGUACAGCCGACUACUCCUAUUGUACAGGAACAGACUGCAGAAGUUGUCACAAACUCUGUAGAAGAAGCUCCUAAACAGGAAUCCUCAGAUGUUGCCGCCAAAAAGGACGAAGAGGAUGCCCAGCCAGUUAAAAAAACCUACACAUGGAAUACAAAAGAAGAAGCUAAGCAAGCAUUUAAAGAACUAUUGAAAGAAAAGCGUGUGCCAUCCAAUGCCUCUUGGGAGCAAGCUAUGAAAAUGAUAAUUAACGAUCCAAGAUACAGUGCUUUGGCAAAACUAAGUGAGAAAAAGCAAGCAUUUAAUGCUUACAAAGUCCAGACAGAGAAAGAAGAAAAAGAAGAAGCAAGAUUAAAAUACAAAGAAGCUAAGGAAUCUUUUCAACGUUUCCUUGAAAACCAUGAGAAAAUGACAUCCACUACCAGAUACAAAAAAGCUGAGCAAAUGUUUGGAGAGAUGGAGGUCUGGAAUGCAAUAUCAGAACGUGAUCGUCUUGAAAUCUAUGAAGAUGUCCUAUUCUUUCUAUCAAAAAAAGAAAAAGAACAAGCCAAGCAGUUAAGGAAGAGGAACUGGGAGGCAUUAAAAAACAUCCUGGACAAUAUGGCUAAUGUCACUUACUGUACUACCUGGUCUGAAGCUCAGCAGUAUCUGAUGGACAAUCCUACAUUUGCAGAAGAUGAGGAACUUCAGAACAUGGAUAAGGAGGAUGCAUUGAUUUGUUUUGAAGAGCACAUAAGGGCUUUGGAAAAGGAGGAGGAGGAAGAAAAACAGAAGGGAUUACUCAGGGAAAGGCGACGGCAACGUAAAAACAGGGAAUCUUUCCAGAUAUUUUUGGAUGAGCUACAUGAACACGGCCAGUUGCAUUCAAUGUCAUCAUGGAUGGAGUUAUAUCCAACUAUAAGUUCUGAUAUUAGGUUUACUAACAUGCUUGGUCAGCCUGGCUCAACAGCACUUGAUCUCUUCAAGUUUUAUGUUGAAGAUCUAAAAGCACGCUACCACGAUGAAAAAAAGAUAAUAAAAGACAUCUUAAAGGACAAAGGAUUUGUAGUUGAAGUGAAUACUACAUUUGAAGACUUUGUCACAGUCAUCAGUUCAACUAAAAGAGCUACCACUUUAGAUGCUGGAAAUAUCAAACUAGCUUUCAACAGUCUUUUGGAAAAGGCAGAAGCCCGUGAACGUGAGAGAGAAAAGGAAGAAGCUCGCAAAAUGAAACGGAAAGAGUCUGCUUUUAAGAGUAUGUUAAAACAAGCAACCCCUCCAAUUGAAAUGGAUGCAGUAUGGGAAGAUAUUCGGGAAAGAUUUGUGAAAGAACCAGCAUUUGAAGACAUCACUCUAGAAUCAGAAAGAAAAAGAAUAUUUAAAGAUUUCAUUUAUUUAUUAGAGCAUGAGUGUCAGCACCAUCAUUCAAAGAAUAAGAAGCAUUCUAAAAAAUCAAAAAAACAUCACAGAAAGAGGUCUCGCUCUCGUUCGGGUUCAGAAUCUGAGGAUGAUGACAGCCAUUCAAAGAAAAAGAGGCAACGCUCAGACUCGCGAUCAGUCUCUGAACGCUCUUCCAGUGCAGAAUCUGAAAGAAGCUACAAGAAGUCAAAGAAACACAAAAAGAAGAGCAAAAAGAGGAGACACAAGUCUGAUUCCCCAGAAUCAGAUGUCGAUCGAGAAAAAGACAAAAAAGAGAGAGAAAAUGAAAAGGAAAGAAGUAGACAAAGAUCUGAAUCCAAGCAUAAAUCACCUCCUAAAAAGCGACCUGGCAAAGAUUCUGGUAAUUGGGAUACCUCUGGUAGUGAAUUAAGUGAAGGUGAAUUAGAAAAACAAAGGAGGACCCUGUUGGAACAACUGGAUGAAGAUCAAUAAGAAAUAUUUAUACCAAAUAUGUUUACAAUGUGAUUUAAUAAAAAUAUAGCUGAUUAAUUUCAGGAAAUGGAUUCCAGUGUUCUGAGUUCCAUUGGUAUAACAAUGGCUUUUCAGUUCUACUGUGUAACUAAAUAUCUCAAAUAAUAUCAUUGUGUGCCUGGCAGCAAAUUGGCAAAGACAGUGAACAUUCAGAAUGCAAGUUCUGUUUCUAAUAAGCUAGGCAGCCUGUAUAUACCCCAUGCACCUUGCCAUUCUUCAGAGAGCACAUUAGGAUGAGCAGAAGAUCUUUUUCAUUUUUGAGCCCUUUCAGUUGUGGCUUGGAAAAGUACUUGAGCCUUUCAGGCCUUUUGUGUUUAUAAAACAGCUUUUGCAAGGAGGCAUAAAUUUGUUUUCCUUGUCAAAUAAGGUCUUGGGGCAGGGAAGAGGUGCACAUGUUCUGUUUAGAAAGAUGCUGUAUAAUUUGGGGGGGGAGGGGCUCCACUUCUGUUCAUUUUUUUCUACUUUUUUUUUCAAAUGGAGGGAAAGAAAGAAGAGAUAGGGACAUAUUUUUCUUCAUUUAUGGUAGUCCAGAAUCCAGUAUUGGGUUUUUGUGUAUUACCUUGCUGGCCAAACAGAUGUUUUUGGUUGUUUCUAUUGAAUUUUGACUUUAGGUUGAAAUGUAUAUCAAGUUUCACCUGAAGUGAAUUUUAGUGUCAAGUUUUAAAACUGUGAAAUAUAGAUGAUUGAUGGAAAUCCUAAUAGGCCCCUAACUAUAAAGGCGCUAAGAUGUGCUGAUGUAAUAACAUAGCUACCAUUUCUUUUGUUAGAGAAGAAUCUGGUAUAUGUAUACAAAAAAUGAAACCAAAUUGGCAGAGGGUAUUAUUUCAGCAUUCAUCUAAUGUACAGAAAACAGCAAAAUCAGACUGUAAAUUAAUUGCAGUAUGUUGCCUUAAGGACUUCCGAAGAAUGUACCACCAAAUUUUGAAAAGCAGUUGCAAUACUCUUGUCUAGAAAAUCAAUGUUAAUGUAAUACUUUCCUUUUGAGAGAUGUUGACCUGAUGUUGAAAACCUGGUCUCCUUUUAUUCUGUUUUUUCCUUUUCCUUUGUACUAAAUAGCUUCUGAUCAGCCUUGAUUUGAUAAAUACGAUCUGCCCUUUACAUUGAGGAGUAUUGACUACUGUGGUACAGACUCUAAAAUCUUUCUGAUUUGAAUAUUUUUGUACAUUUUUAUCACUUAUUAAACCUUGUCUUCUAGCGUGUA